AUGAGUGUAUAUGCACCACAAGUAGGCUGCGAUGAUGAUGAAGAGAAAGACAAAUUUUGGCAAGACCUAGAUAGUAUGUGCACAGAGAUACCGGAUGUUGAAACAGCCUUGAUUGCUGGCGAUUUCAAUGGUCACGUGGGAGAGAGAAACUUGGCAAUAGAGCGUGUCCAUGGUAGAUAUGGGAGCGGGGCUGUAAAUCCCAACGGAGAACGGCUAAUUGACUUCGCAGUGGCAUACGAUCUGGCUAUAUUGAACACGUUCUUCAAAAAGAAGGAUUACAAUACAUAUGAAAGUGGAGGACAGGAAACACAAUUGGACUACAUAUUAUACAAGAGAAGUAAAAUGAGUGAAGUCAGAAAUUUUAAGGUAAUUAAGGGAGAAACAGCUGCCAAACAACAUCACCUGAUUAUUGGGGAGUUUAACAUUAAAAGAGGGAGGAAAGGAAAGAAAAGGGCAAUACCUAAGAUUAAGUGGUGGAAUUUGAAAGACGAAGACCAGAGAAGUUUGUUCAGGGAGAGAGUGCUGGAGCAGAUAGAGUUGAGGGAGGGAGUUGAAGAGUGGUGGAAUUUGAAUGCUUCAAUGAUCCGACAAGCUGCAGAGGAAAUAUUGGGGAUGACAUCUGGUAAAGGACCACCCAAUGACAAGGAAACUUGGUGGUGGAAGGAAGAAAUAUCGGAAACUAUAAAGCAGAAGAUUACAAGGAAGGAAUAUUACAAAAACAGAAAUGAGGAAAAUGAAGAAAGGCUUAAAACAGCGAACAAAGCAGCAAAGAAAGCAGUGGCAGUAGCUAAAGCUGAGGCAAGGGAAGAAAUGUAUCAAGAACUCGAUACAAGAGGAGGACAGAAAAAGAUUUAUAGAAUAGCAAAGGCCAGAGACAAGAGUACGAAAGAUCAGACACAUAUCAGGCAUAUGAAGGAUACAGAAGGAAAUGUUUUGGGAAUUAAAUUGAUCUCACAAACAAUGAAGCUUUGGGAGAGGACUAUUGGAAUGAGGAUCGAGGCUGAAACGGUCAUCAGUGAGAACCAGUUUGGAUUUGUUAAGGGAAGACAGACAUCAGACGAGGAAGGAUAA